AUGGCUUCCAAAGCCACUCCAAUGAAACAAGCAGCCGCCCAAUUCUUCACAGCCACGCACUACGCAGUAGCAGGCGCAUCCUCCGUGCCCUCGAAAUUCGGCUACAAGAUCUUCUCCUGGUACCUGACGCAAAACCUCUCCGUCAUCCCUCUCAACCCCACCGUCGACUCCAUCGUCGUCGAGGACCAAACCUUCUCCACAGUAUCCAGCCCCAAGAAAUUGCAAGAUCCUCGAAAUACGAGUCUAAGUUUCGUUACGCCGCCGAAAGUUACGCGGGAGGUGUUGAGAGAGGCCAAGGAGGUGGGUGUUAAGGGAGUGUGGUUGCAGCCCGGGAGUUUUGGGGAGGAGGAGUGGGAGUUUGCCAGGAGGGAGUGGCCUGAGAGCGCGGUUGGAGGGGAAGCAGAGGGGACUGUGGGGCAUGAGGGGUGGUGUGUGCUUGUUGAUGGGGAGGAGGCGUUGGAGGGGGCUGCCAAAUUACGGGGCAAAGGGAAACGAACAUCGAGGCUUUAA